AUGGGUUGCAUAACUCAAAUACCGGUUGACAUUCUGAUAGACAUCGUAUCCCGUCUGUCCCUGAAGGAAGCAGCAAAAACGAGGGCUGUUUCGCGUCGGUGGAAGAACCUGUUCAAGUUUUAUUCCGGUUGUUUGGACUUUGAUGCUCUGGACACCAUAGCGCUUAUUUAUAUGGGUAAAAAAAGAGAUCGUGUUGAAUUGCCCAAAUAUAUAGAUUGGGUAAACCAAGUGUUGGCUUCCCAUCAAGCUCAAACGGUUGAAGAAUUUAGGGUGUCUUUUGACUUGGACAAUACCUACGCUGGAAUUCUUGAUUCAUGGACUUGCUUUGCAGCAGCCAAGAGAGUUCAUAGGCUUGAGUUGGACUUAUCACCCUUUCGCAGUCGUAAAACGAGUUUAGAUGAGAUAUACUGUUUCCCUACGGACUUGGAAUGGAAGGCACUGACUUCCCUUGUGCUGAAUUCCGUCAAUGUUGUUGAAGAACAGCUCCUGUAUCUUUUGUCUGAUUGUCCAGUCCUGGAGAAGUUGUCCGUUAGUCGUGCACCAUCCUUGUAUAAUUUGAGGCUUCGAUCGCCUAACAAUAAAUUGAAGCACUUGGGAUUAAUAUCUUGUCUUGGUUUGGAAGCUAUCGAGGUUGUUUCAGCCUUGAACCUUUUUUCUUUUGAGUAUCAAGGAUGCAGGAUAAACAUGCUCUUCAAAGACGUUCCUCAACUCUCUUCAGUUUCUCUCAAAUGGGCACCUAACGUCAGCUGUGAUCUUUGUGAAGAUCUACUGAUUACCAAAUUCAGCCAGGUUCCCUUCUCCAUCUCACAGCUCAAGACAUUGGCUUUGGAUCUGAAAUUACUGGUUGCUAUGGAGUUUUACCUGUUUCCCAAGACCUUUUCGCAGUUUAGCAAUCUUCAACAACUGGAAUUGCAAUUUGUUGCACUAUACGAGCAGAGCAUCCUUUUUCUCUGUUCAUUUAUUCACGCAUCUCCGAGUUUGCAUAAACUGGUGCUCAAGUACACUGUCUGCUGGGAGUCAACGGAGCUGUCAAUGAAUCGAGAGUUUUGGGACGAUAUGCUCAAAUUUGGGGAUACAACACGGCAAUGGGUUGAAGGACAGAAGUACAACUGCUGCCUGAAGGAGGUGGAAUUUUUGGGUUGGAUUGGGUUGAAGAGUGAUGUUGAGUUUGUCAUGCACUUGAUAGAGGCUGCAGGUCCUUCCCUGGAGAGCUUAACUCUGGACACUCGAGAUCCGAGUCGGGUUGGGAGAUGGAAGGAAUUACCGCUGCCUCGGCUUGAACAAAUGGCCAAGAAGGUGAAGUAUAAUCUGCCUGGGCAUCCAUGUGAAAUUGCCACCAAGGAGGCCGCUCGGAAUGGUGCCAGAAUCGUGGAAACUAAAAAAUUAUCUCCCCGGACAAAAUUGGUGCUCUUGUAA